GCCAGGCGGCGGCGUGUGACCGGGAAAGCGCUCCGUGCCUGAGGGGAGAGAGAAGUCUAGUUCUUUUCCGAACAGACAAUUGCGGUAGUUGAAGAAUAAAGCAACUCUGAAUCUCCAGGGUCCUCCUUAAUUAAGAUGACCGACUCCAGGCCUCUGCAAGGUGAAUCGUCUGUUGCUCAGCUUGAUGUAACCAUCUCAGCUUGUGAAGACGGGGCAUUCCAAAAGAGAGGGCACAAAGCAAGAAUUCUUAGCCCCGAAGAAGCCGAAAAACUGGCCAAAGAACAGGUCUUUGUCUCUGACUUCAAACAACAGAAACUAGAGAAGGAAGCACAGAAGAACUGGGAUCUGUUUUACAAAAGAAACAGCACCAACUUUUUCAAGGACAGGCACUGGACAACUAGAGAGUUUGAAGAAUUAAAAGCAUGCCGUGAAUUUGAGGAUCAGAAACUCACCAUCCUUGAAGCAGGCUGUGGUGUCGGGAAUUGUUUGUUUCCACUUUUAGAAGAGGAUUUGAAUAUCUUUGCUUAUGCCUGUGAUUUCUCUCCCCGAGCUGUGGAAUAUGUAAAGCAAAACCCUUUGUAUGAUGCCCAGAGAUGCAAAGCAUUCCAGUGUGACCUUACUAAAGAUGACAUUUUGGAAAAUGUACCGUCAGAUUCCGUGGAUGUUGUGACCUUAAUAUUUGUGCUGUCUGCUGUUCAUCCUGAGAAGAUGCGUCUAGUUUUGCACAAUCUUUAUAAAGUAUUAAAACCAGGCAAAUGUGUGCUGUUCAGAGAUUAUGGCCUCUAUGAUCAUGCUAUGCUGCGGUUUAAGUCUGCUAACAAGCUUGGAGAAAACUUCUAUGUCAGACAAGAUGGAACCAGGUCCUACUUUUUCACAGAUGAUUUCUUGGCUGAACUUUUCCUUUCCGUGGGGUAUGAGCAGGUGGUCAAUGAAUACGUGCUGCGAGAGACGGUGAACAAGAAGGAAGGCCUCUGCGUGCCGAGGGUUUUUCUCCAAAGCAAAUUUCGGAAGCCUCAAAGGGAGACGUGAUUUUUGCUCAUGGGCACCUGGACUAUUUUAAGUUGGCAUUUGGAUGUUCCACAGAAGUGGCUUUCCUUUGGUGUUAUACUAGGGUGACUGACUCUGUGCUUGCCAAAGCUGCUGUCCUGUUUUCUUCGGUGCAGGUGAAUAGCCCGCGGAAUAAAGGAACUGAUGUGAGCAGCCA